AUUUGUCGGCGCAGGGCUCUUCCAAGUACGUAGUAAUUUUGUUUAUUAUUAUGUAUUCAAUUCAUUUUGUUAAAUCUUUUUCGGUGUUUUCACAUUUCCCAGUAACGAAAAGGGAAUUCAAAUUUCUAAAUUAAUUGUACAAAUCUGAUGGCUAAGACCAGCGGAACUGAAAACUACUACGACAUUUUAAAUGUUCGCAGUGAUUGCACCGAUAAAGAGAUAAAAACUGCCUAUGUACAGCUCUCGAAAAAGUUUCAUCCUGAUGUUAAAGGAGUGAAAACAGAUCCUCAGCAAACAGCACAAUUUUUGAAAAUCGCAGAGGCAUAUCAAACACUCAGCAAACCGAAGUUACGUGUUGAAUAUGAUCAAAACUUGCAAGCUGUUCAAUCUAUGAGAGUUUAUGAGACAAGCAGUUCUGCAAAAACUGAAUUUCAUAGGCCCUGGGAAAUUAAACCAGACUAUGACCCAAAUCCUGGCCCGUAUUAUGGUAUUAAAGGUCUAAACAGGACAACAAAUUCCAGAGUAGCUUUAGUGCUUAUAGUUUUGGGAAUAUUUGGUGGAGUAUUUGGUAUAGCUUCCGUUAGGCAGUCUUUCGCUAGGAAUCAAAAAAGUUUGGACGAAGUGUCGGCCAAAGCGAAUGAACAUCAUCAGAAAAUUCGUUCUGAUGUGGAGAAAUACAGUAAGGAUGAACAACUUCGUCGUGUUAUUGAUCGUAUAGCCGCCAAUCAAGUUGAGAGAUAGAAUUCUAUAUUCCAAUCUCGAAUACUUGAUAGAGUAAUUGAACUUCUAUGAAUAUUUACAUAUAAAAUCUGUAGUGACAAUUUUUCAUAGUCAAGUGGAUAUAUUUUUGGAAAUCUUAUUUUUUUAACAACCAAUAAUAACAAAAUAUUUUAAUUUAA